UAAAGAUCUGCAUAAUACUACUACCAAGUGCCGACUGAACUGUCAACAGUUCCAUUAUCCUGACUCCUUCCUCGCAACAUAUAUAUCAUAACAAGCCUGCAUACAGAAUACCUUCCAAAAAGUAGACAAAAAAUGGCUAAUUUUAUUAGCAUUAUCAUGCUUGUAAUUCUCCUUGCUUCUGCACCACUUUGCUUCUCUCGCAAAACCAGUACAGAUUGUUUAUACCCUCAGUUCUAUGAUCAUUCUUGCCCAAAUGCGAUCCAGAUAGUUAAAUCAAUAGUUUCUAGUGCUGUUGCAAGAGACACUCGGAUGGCUGCUUCAUUGCUCCGCCUCCAUUUCCAUGACUGUUUUGUCAAGGGAUGUGAUGCAUCAAUACUAUUAGACAGCAGUGGUAGUGUAAUCAGUGAAAAGAGUUCCAACCCUAACCGAAAAUCUGUCCGUGGCUAUGGUGUUAUCGACCAAAUAAAAUCUGCACUAGAGCUUGAGUGCCCUCAGACAGUCUCUUGUGCUGAUAUCAUGGCUCUGGCUGCCAGGGACUCUACUGUUCUGACCGGAGGACCCAGCUGGGACGUUCCUUUAGGAAGAAGGGACUCACGAGGUGCGAGUUUGAGUGGUUCCAACAACAACAUUCCUGCUCCAAACAACACUUUCCAGACAAUACUAAUAAAAUUUAAGCUACAAGGACUUGACAUAGUUGAUCUUGUGGCACUAUCUGGAAGUCACACAAUUGGGAAAUCAAGAUGUGUCAGUUUCAGGCAACGCCUUUACAAUCAGUCAGGCGAUGGACAACCAGACUACGCAUUGGAUCAAUAUUACAUGGAGAAGCUGAAGAACCAGUGCCCGAGAUCAGGAGGCGACCAAAACCUCUUUAAUUUGGACUUUGUUUCUCCGACAAAGUUUGACAACAGCUACUUCAAGAACUUGCUGGCUUCAGAGGGUCUGUUGAACUCUGACCAAGUUCUUGUGACAAAGAAUGAGGCAUCUCUGGAACUAGUGCGAAGAUACGCAGAGGAUACAGAGGAGUUCUUUGAACAAUUUGCCAAGUCCAUGGUCAAGAUGGGAAACAUUUUUCCAUUGACUGGUUUGGCGGGAGAGAUCAGAAAGAGUUGCAGGAACAUCAAUGCUUGAGAUGUUCGGCUUUUGUAUCAGUGAUCUACAUAGUUGCUGUCGCACUUAAACUACGAAUUUACAUAAAGUAUUCCCUGGACAACAGAUUACUCGAGCCUAAUAUUGAAAAUUGAUUUGACAAGGCAGGAAGCUUAUUAAUUACGUACAUAUUUAUUGUAGAUUAGGAUCAUGUUAUAAUAUUAUGGGAAAUUAUGAAUGGUAUCAUUGUGUAAUUGGCUCUCUAAAUUGUAUCAUUUCGUGUUUUUGACUUUCAAGUGGUACCACUCAGUUUAUGAUC